AAGAGUUCGAGCUCGCGUUUGAAAUAAAAAGUCGCAUGGUUCAUCCUGCGUCCUGCGCGCGCUCCUGUGGCUCCUGCAUUCACCGAACCAAGCUUGGGCUCGUGCAGGAUCUAGUCUUCUGUCUAACACUGUUGCUCUGAAGCUCAUGAGCGAGAGGGCGGAUGGCGUGCUACUACCUAGUGAUUAGCUCCACGCACCUCAGCAACGGACAUCUCCGGAGUAUCAAGGGAGUUUUCCGCGGUCCGCUGUGCGCGAGCGGCGGUGCAGAGUCUCCGCAGGACUAUGCCGAAAAGGAGCAAGCCAUAACUAAAGCUCUAGAGCAUCUGAAGGCUAACUUCUAUUGUGAGCUUUGCGACAAACAGUACCACAAGCAUCAAGAGUUCGACAACCACAUCAACUCAUAUGACCAUGCACACAAACAGAGACUAAAGGAGCUUAAGCAAAGAGAAUUUGCACGCAAUGUCUCAUCUAAGAACUGGAAGGAUGAAAGGAAACAGGAGAAAGCACUGAAACGCCUCCAUCAAAUUGCCCUGCUCAAGCAGCAAAGGGAUGGUGACAGAGAAAAGAAGACAAAGUUAACAGCAGCAGCUCAAGAGCAUCAGCAAGAGAAAACAAGUAUCAAUGGCAAUGAACAAAAAAGAUCCAGGAACACGCUUUGUGAGGAUCAAAAUAAGAGCUCUGCCUCCCCAGACUUUACAACUAAAAUCCCUCCACCUGCACCAGUGCUUACAAAUCAGUGCUCUCUUCGGGUUAAGUGUUCUUCACUACUAGCUCAAAAAGGUCACAGGCAUGCUAAGACAGGGAUCUCAUUCUGUUUCUCAAAACGGGCUCACCUGAAGCUGGACUCCUGUGCAUCAGUGUUUGCUGAUAGCUUGGAUGAAACUAGUGACCACCAGAAAAUCCAGAACCAGCAGCAUAAACUGGCAUUGCAAGCCCUCCUGUCCCGAUCUCCUUCACCCAUACAGAGUGAUCACCAUGUCCCUCUGGAUCCAAUGCCACUGAACACUUCACCACAGAGAGAUCUACAGUCGGAUCAGUCCAAUCAGGAAAGUAGUCUGGAGAUGCAGGUGAUGUAUUGUGCCAUAGAGCCACAAAGGCAAAGUUGUCCAAAUACCCAUGGUAUAAAAGAUAAGGCAGAUAAUAAUGGCCAAAAAUCUGGACAUGAAAGAAUGUAUGACAGAAUGAUGGAGAGAAGGAGCCCGAAGAACCCAAGUCCAACUGCUCAUACAGAUGGAUAUGACAAUAUGGCUUCUGGGCAACUCGAUUCACAGAACUCGAAACAUGACUUACAAGAAAGUAGCAAACAGGAUAAUUUAGUGGCUGGAAACUUUUUAGCUGUGGGUGACCUAAGCAGCAAACCUUUCCUAGAUGUUCUUGGAAAAGAUGGGACUAAGCUAAAAUGGCCUUGCGAGCUCGUGCAGUACACCUCAGAUGAACCCAGAGUGUCCUAUAGCUGCAAUCCACUGUUUUUGAAUUCUAAAUGCACAGAAGGCAAAGAUAAAAGCACAGAUGCAGAAAAAACAGAUGUGUGCACCAUCCCAUUUAAUCCCAACAGAGAAGAGGAGCAAACACCAAAUGUUAAUAAAGUUAACUUGGGCAUUUUAAAACCAAAGAAACACAAACACCAGAGGAGAGGACGAAUUCGUAUGUGUAAAAUAGAUGCUGUUAGGAGACAUCGAGUGGCCUGUGCACUCAGUAAUUUUGCCCAGUCACCUGCUGAAGGACAAUUUGAAUUCAAUUCUCUGGCCAGCAAACUGCGCACCAAGCAGAAUUGCAAAGGGAAGAGGAACAAACUGAGAAAGAGAAAAAAAUCACAGGAUGUAACACAGCAACUAAACCUGAAAAGUAUAAUUGUAAGUGCUUUCUCUGCCCCAAAACGUCGAAGACGAAAGCGCCAGAGGUUGCCUGCUGCUCUCCGUCUGGCAAAGCGCAAAGCUCUUUUGCAUGCUUCCAUACGGUCUCAAGCUGGGAGUGAAGGUAAUUACCAGGGGUGUGGCAACUUCUGCACAUCAAAGCAGGAUGAUAAUGUGACCCCACUCAAGGCAAACUCAUGGGGUGUCUUGUCAGGAUUGAGGACUGAGCGGGAAUGGCCCGAUUGCCAAUGGGAAAGGCAUUAUACUUCUUCUGCGUCAACUUCCUACUAUCCUAGGAGGAGAGGAUAUAACCAGCCUUGUUCUUUCAUCAGAAAUUCUAGCUACAGCUUCCCAUGCUAUAGUUACACACACAUGUCAGAGAGUCCAGAUAAAAACACUGAACCCAGAGUGGAAUACUGUAAUUACAAAGAUUCAGAACUCUACAGGGAGAGGAAUUACUAUGGGGCUUGUGGCAAACGCUGUAUCAUAAAGCAACAAUAUGGUAUAAGAAAACAUAAAGGACACAUCAGGGAGAACAGAUAUAGAGAUUGCCAUAACCCUGCCAGAAAAAGAAUUUGUUUUUAUAGAGUCUACAAGGAUGGUGAUGAUUCGCAUGACACAAAACAAGACUGGUGGUGCAAGAGGCCAAGUCCUGAUCUUAGGAGUAGAAAACGAAGAAAUAGGUUCUGGUUAAGAACAGUGGUGAAUCAUGAGAGGGAGAAUGAGCAGUCCAGUCCUAGGUUCAGACAUAGUCCUGCUUCCUCUAGUAUCACCAGUAUUUCAGACAUUAGUAGAGAUUCGGGGCAAAGUGACUUAAAAUGGCCAGCAGAGAGCUCAGUUAGGGCCAAGAAUGUCCAUUCAAGAAAACACACACCAAGAAAAAAGAGUUCAUCACCAACAUCAUCAUCUAUUGAUAGGUCAGAGGCUGUGCAAUCAGACACCCCAACUGUUAUUUCUGAUUCCAGAGGAAAACUUGAUCCUGUUGCACAAACCGCCAAAUCCAGUGAUUUGACAAAGCAAAGCACAUCAAAUGAUAAAAAAGUGUCAAACAGAAUAUGUACUCUAUCACUCCCCUUGAUUGGCAAGCUACCCUCAGUGAGGAAAGGAAUAAGACAGGCAAGAAUGCCCAAAGAGAAACAUACCAGUAGCAAUUGUGGUAACCAAGUAAAUACAUUUCUAAAUGAUCAAUCAAAAUGUGAAAGACAAGCGGACUUUCAGACUGCAAGUAUAGCCAAGCAUAAGUCAACCUCUCCCCCAGAUUGUCCAUCUGGAACUGAUCUGAGAACUUCAAAUUCUUGUGCAAGUUUAAAAACACAGACAGAUAGGUCCAUGUCUCAUGAAAACUUCAUCAGUGUUCUGGAGGACACGUCACACAAAACCCACGAUGAGCCGCCUCAGAGUUGUUCAAUCUCUUCCUUAACAGAGAAACCUAUAACAUUCACUGAGGAAGAGAUGGACAAGUACAGAUUCCUACAACUUCAGGCCCAGCAGCAUAUGCAGCAGAAACAUCUACAAGAGCAACACAACAUGCCAAGAAAUUCAUUUGCUUCUGAAAUGAACCAACUCCCUAUUCCUGUUCCUGAGCCUUCAAACCAGGCUGUCCCAGGUCCCUGUCUCUCAUACACCAUACAUCAGCAUGGGGCACUAUCAGCUUUCUCUUCCUUCAUCUCCUGUCCAUCAGCCUGCUUGGCAUCCCGCGGUUCCCCAUCUGCCCAUCCUUCUCUUCGUCCCACUCUCCCACAGCCCCACUUCACCCCUCUUCCAUUUCCUACUGUGUUCUAUCAAGCUUCCCCUGCAGUAAUGCUGGCAACACACCCUCUACACCUUAUUUCAGCAGCACCCCUCCACCAUACACAUCCUCAUUCUCACAUUGCUGGCCUAACACUUCACCCCCCACCACACGCCUCAUUGCUCCCCUCUGUGCUUACCCCAUCAGCCAUGGUGGCUGGCAGGAGUCUGCAAAUCCACCCCACACUGCAGCCCCUGUUCCCACAUCAGGAUCUUCAGCACCACCAUGGUAUUGCGAGCUAGAUUUGGUGAAGAAAUAAGAACAAAUUGGGAAGGGAAAGAACAAUAAUAUAAUGUGAGAAAAUAGAGAAAAGUCUAUCCUUGAUACUCAGAAGUGUAGACUACAGUCUAGCACGUUGUGAUGUUUGUUUUUGACUUGGCCAAAGGUUUUGAUGUCUUGCUUGUCCUCUCAUUUAUUUUGUACUAUAAUUGUUUGAAUGUCUGUCUGCUAUUUAUGUGAAUGGCAGUGCAGUCAAGCACUGGCCUUCUUCAAAAGUCUUAUCCUCCAUUACUGUAAAUGAUAACUUUAAAUGAUGGGAAAAUAUAUUUACCUGGCUUAAUCUAAGAUUUAUCUUUUGGUUAAUUAGUAAUUGAACUUAAGUCCCUUUCUAUUCAUGCACUGCAAUUAUUUUGAGGGGUAAUUUUUUUUAUCUAGAGAUGUCCAAGCGCCAACACCAAUGUAAAAAUUGGAGCAUGUAUUAAAAUAAAAAGGAGGGAUAUACAGUGCGUUGACAUGUAAGCUGCAAGUGAUUUGUUUUGUCCUGAUACGGAAGCAUAUUCUAUUCUAUCUUUCAGUACAAGUGAGGCAAAAGACUGACUAAAUAAACUAUAAUACAGAGUUGUUAUAAUGCAAUAAUACCGUUUUUCAAUCUAUUUAAAGGUCUAAAGUCUUAAAUAUUAUGAUGUACUGUACUUUCUAAUGGGAAAAAAACGAAAAAAAAAAAUAUAUAUAUAUACAUUUUAACAAACAUAGGGUGUGUACAACCUGCACUUGUCUGAAUUAUGUAUGUUCCAGAGACUUUGUAUUUACUCUUAUUUUGUUAGAGCCAAACAUUUUGUGACCUGUACAAUAAUGUCCUAAGAAUAAAUUUAAUGUAAUUUGAAGAAA